AUGGGAAAAGGUAAGAAUAAGGCGCACGAACCCAAAAAUGGAAGACCACAGAGAGGCGCUAAUGGGCACAGUUCAAGACAAAAUCACAGGCGCAUGGAAAUGAAGUACGAAAACUCAGAUAAGGUCAAGUUCCCUGUUAAGUUGGCUAUGUGGGAUUUUGACCAUUGUGAUCCAAAAAGGUGCAGCGGUAAAAAACUUGAAAGAUUGGGUUUGAUCAAAUCAUUGAGAGUGGGACAGAAAUUUCAAGGUAUUGUUGUUUCACCAAACGGCAAGGGCGUUGUUUGCCCCGAUGAUCUAGAAGUUGUCGAGCAGCAUGGUGCCUCAGUAGUAGAAUGUUCUUGGGCCCGAUUAGAGGAAGUACCUUUCAAUAAAAUUGGCGGUAAACAUGAAAGGCUGCUGCCGUAUUUGGUGGCUGCUAAUCAAGUCAACUAUGGGAGACCAUGGAGACUUAACUGUGUAGAGGCAUUAGCAGCUUGUUUUGCUAUUGUUGGGAGAAUGGAUUGGGCAAGUGAAUUGCUGUCGCAUUUCUCAUGGGGAAUGGGGUUUUUAGAGUUGAACAAAGAAUUGCUUGAAAUUUAUCAACAGUGCACUGAUGCUGACUCUGUAAAGAGGGCUGAAGAGGAAUGGCUACAGAAAUUAGAAAAGGAAACUCAAGAACGGAAAUCCCAAGCUAAAGAAGAAGAUAUAUGGAUGAUGGGUAAUAUAAAUAGAAGAGGUGGCGGAUGGCAAUCAGACGAAUCGGAAAGUGGAGGAAGUUCGGGAGAAUCUGAAUCCGAAGGUGAUAAACAAUGUGUUGAAUAUGACUCACUAGGUAAUGCUAUCUGUAUCGAUAGUAUAAACAGUCGAAAAUCUUUAUCGGAGGAAUCAGAAGAUGAAGAAAAUGAUUUAGAAGAGAAUAAAGAGCCUGUGAGUUAUGACUCUUUAGGUAAUUUAAUCUGA